AUGUCUAGUACCAAGAUCUACUCAUCCUUCUAUCCAGACUUGGAUAUCAAAUCAGUGGAUUUGUUGACUCAUAUCUUUUCCAACCCUGCCGCCACGGCCCCCAAUCAUCCGUUGUAUAUAGAUGCAAUCUCGGGAAAACAAUACACCUACAAGGACGUAUCCCAACGAACAAAGUCUCUUGCAAAUGGUCUGCAACAAAAGUUUCAGCUGCAAAGUGGUGAGAUAGUUGCCUUAUUCAGCCCCAACACGAUAGACUAUGCCAUUGUCUGCCAUGCCAUUAUUGGCUCCGGAGCGACCGUCGCGCCAAUCAGCGCAUCCUUGACGGACGCUGAGCUACACGCUCAACUGUUGACAGGCCGCGCCCGUUUCAUUAUUGUUCACUCGUCACUGCUCUCAAUUGCACAAAAGGCAGUUCAAAAUACUACUAUCAAGAUUAUUGUCCUGGAUGGUCCUACUGGGAGUGAUGGCCAGCCGACAUGCGAGUCUAUGGCUGCUUCGUUCCCACCAAACGACUUGGUCAACGUUCCUGCUAGCGAACUAGCCUCAAAAAUUGCAUUUAUCUGCUUCUCUUCAGGCACAUCUGGACCAGCCAAAGGAGUGACGAUCACCCAUCGCAAUAUGGUUGCAAACCUCCAGCAAAUGCGAUCUUUACUGGUGGACACUGGCCUUCCCUCUCAACGGCCGAAACGACAAGUCGCCCUCGCCUUCCUUCCUUUCAGCCAUGCUUACGGACUGAGCCUUUAUCUCUGUCAGAGCAUCCAAUGGGGAACUACGACCAUAGUCAUGCCGAAAUUCGAGCUUGACUUGUUUCUGAGCUGCGUGGAAAAGUACCGGCCCGAUGAAUUAGCAAUAGUCCCACCAGUGGCAUUAAUGAUGGUCAAGGAUGAUCGGCUCGCAGACUACAAUCUUCGCAGCGUGAGAUUAAUUUUGUCUGCGGCGGCACCACUCGGUGGAGAACUGGCUUCUGCACUGGAAGUAAAGUUCAAAAAGCUCUUCGGAACUAAAGUGUUUUGCUACCAAGCAUGGGGUCUCACGGAGACGUCUCCACUAGCUUCAGGGACUCCAAACGAUCGCAGAGAUAAAAGGAAGCUCCAUGUUGGCCGCCUCGCCCCCAACAUGCAGUUGCGUAUCGUCAACCACGAGACAAUGGAGGAUGUAGACUCGCCACAGAUGGGAGAGAUUCUGCUUCGUGGACCUAACAUCACUCCAGGGUAUUUCAAAAAUCCCGAGGCAACAAAAGCCGCAUUCUACAGGGAUGCCGAUGGUACGAUUUGGUUCCGAACGGGAGAUAUUGGGACCAUCGACGAUGAGGGCUUCAUCACUCUAUUCGAUCGUAUAAAGGAGAUGAUCAAGUAUAACGGUCAGCAGGUUAUCCCAAGUGAACUGGAGGCACUGUUACUCGAGCACCCCGAUAUUGCGGACGCGGCUGUUGUUGGUCAAUGGGCAGAUGAUCGAGCGACUGAACUCCCAGUUGCAUUUGUCGUUCUGAAGAAUCCAGAUUUGGCGAGCCAGGAAUCUAGUUCGAGAACCGUGACUGAGAUGCACUCCUGGAUCAACCCCCGAGUUGCUAAUUACAAACGACUUCGUGGAGGAAUUCGUUUUGUUAAGGAGAUUCCGAAGAGUCCUAGUGGGAAGAUUCUGAGGAGGUACCUUCGGGAACAGCUUCAGGAUAGCAAAAAGCCCAAAGCAAACCUUUGA